AUGACUCGAGCCCAGCAGACCAUUUCUCUCGCUCUCCUCGUCUCCUCCCUCUACCUUGCUCUCUUCCUUGAGCUCAUCCCUCUCCCCCCUAAGAUUCAGGAGCAGGUUGUCCCUGUGCUUCCCUUCUGGGCCCUCGUCUCAUUCGGCGCAUACCUCCUUUUCCGUCUCGGCUUCGGCAUCCUCACCUUCAACGACGUCCCUUACGCGCAUAAGGAGCUCACCGCAGAGAUCGAGCAGGCCAAGACUGAGCUCCGACAGCUUGGUGUCACUGUCGACUAG